AUGGAUAAAGCUACGUAUUUUUCACGGUUUUUCCAAUCAGUCUACACAAACGAGGCAAGGUUCCUUCCUUCCUCCACAGAAGAACUGCCUACUCCAAGCGUCAGUGAUAUACUCUUCUCAGAAGGCAUUGUCCGAAGAGAAUUAGAGGCAUUGAACGAAUCGAAGUCGCCAGGACCAGACGAGAUUCCACCCAAGCUUCUGAAGGAACUUGCCAGUGAGCUCUCUGUGCCUUUGUCGAUGCUCUUUCAAACGUCAUUUGACACUGGAACACUUCCUGUCGAUUGGAAGCUGGCGAAUAUUACUCCGCUACACAAAGGAGGUAACAGGGCAGCGACGACAUAUUACCGGCCCAUAAGCUUGACAUGCAUUCUCUGCAAAGUUAUGGAAAGGAUCAUAAAGACUGAACUGAUGCAAUUCCUGGAAGUUCACGGCCUGCUAUCGAAAUGCCAACAUGGGUUCCGAGCAGGAAGAUCCUGCACGACAAACCUGCUGCAAUCUCUCCAGAGCUGGACCCGAGCUCUCGGCGACAGGCACGCGGUCCACAUAGCCUUCAUCGACUUCCAGAAGGCUUUCGACACUGUGCCACACCAGAGGCUCUUACAUAAACCUAAAAAAAUAGGGAUCGGUGGCAACUUCCUUAAAUGGAUCGAAAACUUUCUUUUGGGUCGACACCAGGUUGUGUGCAUCGGUCGGGGAAAAUCAGAUCCGGCUAUGGCCGAUAGUGGUGUCCCCCAGGGUUCAGUUCUGGGACCCAUUUUGUUCCUUAUCUACGUGGACGAUGCCGCAAGAGAUUUAGACUGUGAAGUUGCAAUGUUUGCGGAUGACAUGAAGAUAUGGAGUGUAAUUCGGGGUCCUGCCGAUGAAGAAAGACUGCAGAUGAACCGGAAUCGGUUGGAGGAGUGGUCAAACCGUUGGCUCCUGCGGUUCAACGUUGCCAAAUGUAGCAUACUUCGCCUAGGCAACACAGCCAGAUCCGCCAGCACAAGAGGCUACUUUCUGGACGGUGCAGCCCUACAAGAGGUCGAAGCCCAAAGGGACCUCGGUGUGCUGACAACGAGUUCCCUAAAACCAUCCCCCUACUGUUCGAGGGUGGCAAAAACCGCAAUGUCCGUACUGUACGCCAUCAAGCGUGCGUUUAUGGAUUUUGACGAAGAAGCUUUCUCUAAGACAUUCGGAACAUUCGUCCGGCCGCAUUUAGAGUACGGCAUACAAGCCUGGAGACCGUGGGCUGUUGAGGAUCAAAACUGCCUCGAAAGAGUCCAGAGGAGAGCCACGAAGAUGGUUAGGGGUCAAAGCUCCUUUCCUUAUGCAACCCGCCUAGUAAAUCUGGACCUCUUUCCUUUGAGUUACAGGCAACUUCGCGGAGAUCUCUUGCAAGCCUUCCGCAUUGUAAUGGGGUUGGAUUGCAGUCUGGCCUUCGAAGACUUUUUUGAAUUUGCUACCACGACCAACCUCCGAGGUCACCCGUUAAAACUGCGCACUCAGCAGGCACGGCUGGAUGUGCGGAAGUUCUCCUUCGCGGUUCGGGUGGUCAAACCAUGGAAUGCCCUUCCCGCAAAUGUUGUGAUGUCACCAUCUAUACAAAUUUUUAAGAAGAAUCUGGACAUAUUUAUGUUCCGAAAUGACGAAGAGCGAUGA